AAAGCCUUGGGGUCGAUACAUAAGGCGUUUAAAGAGCAGUGUGCGGGUUUCUUCUUAUUUCUAAUCUUAUUCACCUAUUACCAUGCACCUGCAAAGAAAUAUAGCUCAGAUGUGCGAGUGCCUAUUAUCAUUAUCUCUGGUAGUUUAUUUUAUUUAUAAUUUGUUGACGAGUUACAAGAUUAUGUCGAGAUGCAUCGAUUCCAAGAAUGGCAGAGGAUCUUACGACUAGUUCAACUGGCUAGCUAACUAUAGCUAACGUUAGCAAGCGUACGUCCAGCUCAGAAUGGCCAGUGGGUGCAGUGAUUGCUCAGCGGGGACAUCAGCUUGCUAGUAGCGUCUGUAACAACUCAAUAUAUAUUGAGCUGUUACAUUUUAUCAUCUAGCUGUUGCAAUGAAAUUAGUUUAAAAUCUGUUGCAAUUAUGUGACCAGGAAGCUAUCUAAGGAAUGUUAAUUUGUAACCGCGCGCAUCUAGCUGUUGCAAUGAAAUUGGUUUCAAAUCUGUUGCAAUUAUGUGACCAGGAAGCUAUCUAGGAAUGUUAAUUUGUAACCGCGCGCGCACCAAUCGGACUUUGAAGUUCGCUGACUAAAUCAAAUGAGUUUAUUGGUUGCGUACGCAAAAUCAAUCAAAUGUAUUUAUCAAGCCCUAUUUAUAUCAGCAGGUGUCACGAAGUGCUGUACAGAAACCCAGCCUAAUCACCAAACAAGAUAGAUAAAUUAGAGUCUACUUCGGAGCGUCAAUCCAGAUUGACAGUGUUAUCCAAGGGAAAGAGGAAACCGAUAACGUCGGAGACCAAUCCGCUAGACAGGCUCCAGAGCAGAGGCCUCUCUAACUCCAACCACCCCAUAAGUCACCCUGAUAUGGAUGGAACCAACCAGCCAGCUGAGGUUAAUCAACAGUCUCCUGCCGGGCAGCAGGCCAUUGGGGGAGAUGUUGAGGAGAGCAACAGCAGUGGGAAUAGCCAGAACCCUGGAGAGGGAAAAGCCCAAAUGCCACCGCUGAAGCCUCCCGCCAUGUGGACCUCCAUGGCGAUGAAGGAGCUCAAGUCCAAGCUGCGACUGGAGAAGGACCGUGUGGUGACCGUGAAACAAGGAAACAUUUUGACAGUGCAUGUGCCCACCGUUCCUGAGGGAAAGAAAGUGUGCUGGGAGUUUGCCACAGAUAGCUAUGACAUAGCCUUUGGAAUCUCCUUUGACUGGAACCCUGUCACCAGCCAGGCCAUCACGGUCCACAUUAGUGAAUCCAGCGACGACGAAGAGGAGGAAAAUCAGCUAAAAGGACUUAUCAACCCAGGGGAUGUUGAGAAGGGUUCUAAAUCAUUGGUCAACUCCAACAUAGGGGAAAUCUUACCUGUGUAUCGUCUGGACAGUCACAUGGCAGUGCAAGGUGGCAGUCACGAGUAUCCAGGCGAAGGCACUUACCUUCUGAAGUUUAAUAACUCCUACUCACUAUGGCGAAAUAAGACUCUGUACUACAGAGUGUAUUACAGUCCCUGAGGAACUGGAACUGUCAGCUUUUGCAUAUGACUGUAUGACUUACUAGAAUUACUUAUUUUUGAUUCAAUAUUUUUGAUUCCAUAGAACAUGUUAUGGUUAAUUAUAAGUGCAAAAAUUUUCAUCCCAAUCAACGGAUGUUGCUCACUCCUAGUCUACACUUAAAAUCUAAGAGGACCAGAGAAUUAUGAAGUGGGACAUUUUGCUCAUGUUUUACUGUGUUUAUAGAGAAAGAUUUGACGUAGCCUUGUGUUUGUGCCAUGUUCUGUUUAAAAGUUAUGUGCAGUGAGUUAAGGCAAAUUGACCAUAUUUGAAAGAUAUAUAUAGUAUAUGUACAGUACCAGUCAAAAGUUUGGACACACCUACUCAUUCAAGGGUUUUUCUUUAUUUUGUUUUUAAAUUCUACAUUGUAGAAUGCCUCUACACCUGGAAUGCUUUUCCAA